AUCUGGGAGCGUAGCAGACAACUGGUUUGAGAUCUAUGAUUUUGUAAAACUACUCACAGAAAGAUUUGUGAGCCCCCGGAUGAGAAUAUCCUAUAUAGUGUUCUCUACAAAAGCAGAGGUCAUUCUCCCACUAACUGGAGACAGGGUCAUGAGAGAACCAUUUAAUGACAAAAAACAGCAAAACAUAAACAAAAUCACAGAAGGCCUUCAGGCUUUAAGUAAGGUGAAGCCAGCGGGUGAUACAUACAUACAUGAAGGAUUAAAAGAAGCUAAUACCAAAAUUGAACAAAUGGGGGGCUCAAAGUCUGCUAGUACAAUAAUUGCACUGACAGAUGGUAAAUUGGAAGGUCAGAUCCCCUUGUAUGCAGAAAAAGAGGCAAAUAAGGCCAGAAACUUGGGAGCUAGAGUUUACUGUGUUGGAGUCCUUGAUUUUAGACAAGAUCAGCUUGAAAAAAUUGCUGAUACAAAAGAUCAGGUCUUCCCUGUGACCGGAGGAUUCCAAGCACUGAAAGGAAUAAUUAAUUCUAUCUUGGAACAGUCAUGCACAGAGGUAUUACACUUGGAACCAUCCAGUGUUUGUGUGGGAGAGGAGUUUCAAGUUGUCCUCAGAGGAAGCGGCCUCAAACUGGGCAGAAACAAGGAUAGUGUUACCUGCACCUACUUUGUAAAUGGCACGAUAAUUAAUGAAAAAGCAAUACAAGUGGAAUCAAAGUUUAUUCUCUGUCCAGCACCUGUCUUGCAUAACAGUGGCGAAAUAAUGGAAGUUCAAGUGAGUUUGAAUGGACAGUCUUUCUUCACUGACUCGUUAACAAUUACUGCUUCAGAAUGUUCUAAUGGUAUAGCAGCACUUAUUGCUGUUCUUAUACUGUUACUUUUGGUGGCUCUUGGUCUCUUCUGGUGGUUCUGGCCUCUCUGCUGCAAAGUGGUCAUAAAGGAUCCUCCUCCACCACCCCCAGCACCAAAAGAGGAAGAAGAUGAAGAAGAUCCUUUGCCUCCCAAAAAAUGGCCGACAGUGGAUGCUUCCUACUAUGGUGGACGAGGAGUUGGAGGAAUUAAAAGAAUGGAGGUUCGCUGGGGUGAUAAAGGAUCCACUGAAGAAGGAGCUAGGUUAGAGAAAGCCAAAAAUGCUGUGGUGACAAUACCAGAAGAACCAGAUAUUCCCAUUCAAACCAAACCUCCUAAAUCCAAGCCUACCUCACCAGCUAUUCAGGAGAAGUGGUACACUCCAAUUAAGGGUCGACUAGAUGCACUGUGGGCUCUGUUACGACAACAGUAUGACAGAGUUUCUCUGAUGCGACCCCAGCAAGGAGACGAGAGGGCACAAAAGUCAGUUGCCUACUUGAGUAUAGCUGAGAGCCAGGGAGUACAAAGGGCCGAUGUGUUAACUUCUCCCGAGUUCAAAGUCAAUAAAGAAGGCUACAAGAAUGAAAUACUGCCACAUUACCACUUUUCUACCUGCCAAAGACAACUGAGAAUUUCCUUGAAUUUCUUGGAUUAACUUCAGAUUCUCAGCUCAGAAGUUUUUUCCAUUCCAUUCUUCCACAAGCCAGCAUUACCAUACCAAGCUCUCAUGUUUUUCUACAUUACUUUAACACUCUGUGAUUUGUAACAGUGACAUGAAGAGGAGCAUUGACUUGCAUGCCUGUAAUUUGAAACAAGAGUCCAGUAUGCAUGUGUGGGGAGAGGAAAAAACAACCAAAGAUGAUCAUUUAAAAAAAAAAAAAAAGACUUCCAGUUCUCAGGACACAAUAUGCUUUUAGCCGAGAUAUGAUGUCUCUCAGAUGCAAAGAUAGCAUUUGUUAUUUAAAUAGGGACUAUUAGCCAUAGGCAGAGGAUAAAAAUUCCCACCAGGCUAAGCAAAUGCAAAAGUUCAUUGCCUUACAGCGAUGUCAAAUCACAAAAUCUUUCUGAGUACCCCAUCGCACUGUGCCUUACGGGAACCUUCUGAUUGGAAAUCUUGUCACUCUAACACUGAAAAGUGCACACGCAUGACAAAAUGUAGACAGAGUGCCUCAAGGUAUUGGUAGCAAGCAAGACUUUGCCCUUUAGUUUUUCGAGACACCUUUCUUUCAUUAUGCACCCAGGACAGGAAGAAAAUUAAUAGAGCAUUAUUCUGCAGGAAGACAGCCUGUAACCAGAGAUCUUGAGCAGAGUUUGAGGGACUGAUGCUUCAAGACCUUGACACUGUGGCUGGUGGUUUUUUCCCCUUUCCUGCAUUCAGAGUUCAGUAGCGCAUAAAACAUCAUCAUCUAUAAACAUACCUAGCAGUUCUAGGCUUAUGUAUUUUUAUUUUAUUUUUUUUUAGAUUAAAAAAAGCGGUAGCCACAAAGCUGGUAUCUCAGGGUCCCCCUCCCCCCCCCAACCCCCCCCGAAUCUCCAAGGGCUCUUCAGCGUCACAAGCCAGCAACUCUUUGCAUGAGAAUUUCAAAGUUUAAUUAAUAUAAUUAAAGGCAACAGCAAGCAGCAGCCUGUGAAGAUUUUGCUCAUCUUUUUUAUGCCUUUUGACAUUGAAUGACCUAUUACUAUAUGCGCAUUACUCGGUUUUCGAGGGGGCAUGGUGCAUUGGUGAAGAUUCAGCAGUGGAAAAAAGACCUCCUUUCAUCAAUUUAUAAAUUAAAUUUACAGGAGCGCUGGCCAUCAGAAAACAUUGACAAUGUAUGUAUUAUAAUUUUUUAGAAAAACCAGCGUUGUGUCACGUCGACGAUGCCAAAUUAUGUUAGCGUGAGCGGAAACACUGUGGGGGAGGAAGGAGGCAGCAGCUGAAGAAAAAGGCUCAAAUGAUCCAGUCACUUUCGAUACUGUACUUCAGAUGCAAAAUGGAUAUUCAAGUCGAAACCUGACAAAGUGCGCCUGCUUUGAUGUGAACUGGUAUAGACAAUGACCAGUGGCUGGGUCAGUGGGAUGUCUCUCUGUGAGCAGGGAGGCUUAUCAAAUGACACUAAAAAUAAGUUCAACAACCAUCACAUUUGAGGGGAAAAGGCGAACAUUUCACAUUUGGUGGGCAUGCAUGUGCGCAAGAUGGAAAGAGCGAUGCAAAGCGUCCUGGUUUAAUUAUCCCCUUUGUGCUCUUCAUCAAAAUUACAAGGGACAUAAAUAAUUCUCUUGGUCCAUGUCCAAAUUUGCGGCACUGCCCAAAGAAGCCUUUACAUAUAUCCACUUGCUUACAUCUUUCGCUUGAGUUUAUUUAUGUCAUUGUUAGUAUCAUCAUCUACAGCCAUGUGUGCACAUAGAUUAUAAAUAAAAGUCCUAUCCAAGU